AUGGAACAACGCAUCUUUGACCAGCUCGACCAGUUGGAACGCGGCGCGAGGGAGACCCGGCCCCUUAGCGAGUACGACGGCGACGAGAGCCAUGGCAAAUACGAAGGUUCAGGCUUCGAAGACCAGGAGAUACAGAUGGACUCAUUUGGUGAGCCUCACAGGCAAAUUGGUAUUCCGAGACUGAUGUUUUCAGACGAGCGCCUGCUCCGGCAGCCAAAUUACCAUUCUCGCCACAGACAAGCAACACUUGGCCACGCCAGACUGUCUCUUCCACAUGCUGAGCAAAAUAUGCAACAGUAUGCUCCGCUUCAGUCACAACAAGAUACGUUCGCGACUCAGGCUUCUCGCUUCGCGUUCGAUGGUCCGCAGCCUGAGCUCUCGAGCUCUUCUCCUCGCCGCCAGCUGCAGCCAUCCAGUCCCAGUCCAGCUCAUUUCAACGACAGACGCUAUUCAUCUGCAAUUGGCACGUACGAAAACACGAUGCCGAGUCAACACCAUCAACAACAGCGAGCGCCCCAACCGCGGCAAUUACCCCUUCAGCCACGGCGUCGUGAAGAAACUGGAUUUGAAGAUCUGGAGACGGUCGGAACGAGGACACUCGACGAUGAGCCCAACUAUGCACCUAGAAGGCAGGAGACAUUCCGGCCACGCAACACGAGUAGCACACCUGUCGUUCAAGGCAUCACGCUUGUGUCGACCCGACAGCUCCCAGAUCUAGUUCGAUCAGUCUUCCCUUUUCCACUGUUCAACGCUGUGCAGUCCAAAUGCUUCGACAUACUGCUCAAUACCAAUGAUAAUWUCGUCCUCUCUUCUCCGACUGGCAGCGGCAAGACUGCAGUACUCGAACUUGCAAUCUGUCGCCUCAUCUCGAGCUUCACUACCGGUUCGUUCAAGAUUGUGUAUCAAGCGCCUACCAAGUCCUCGUGCUCUGAACGCCAUCGCGACUGGCAAGCGAAGUUCGGCCCUCUCGACCUGAAGUGUGCAGAGCUGACUGGUGAUACCGAGGGUGCCCAGAUGCGAGACGUACAACACGCCAGCAUCAUCAUAACCACCCCAGAAAAGUGGGACAGCAUGACACGAAAGUGGAAAGACCAUCAAAAGCUCAUGCAGCUGGUGAAGCUGUUCUUGAUUGACGAAGUUCAUAUCUUGAAAGAAGAUCGCGGGGCCACACUGGAGGCCGUUGUGAGUCGCAUGAAAGGCCUGGGAACGGAUGUCCGCUUCGUGGCCCUCUCCGCUACCGUACCAAAUUCGCAAGACAUCGCAACGUGGCUGGGAAAGAAUCACACCACCCCGCAUGUGCCAGCGCCAGUGGAGAAGUUUGGCGAGGAAUUCCGCCCGGUCAGACUUCAGAAGCACGUCUGUGGUUACCAGAAUGCAAUGAACGACUUUGCCUUUGAGAAAUUUCUCACCAGCAAGCUGCCUGAGGUCAUUUCCAAAUACUCCCAACGCAAGCCACUGAUGGUGUUUUGUUUCACGCGCAUGGCCUGCGUUGAUACUGCAAAAGCUCUGGCAAGUUGGUGGUCGUCGAGCAUCCCACCGGCGCGAUACUGGGAGUCGCCACGUCGGGUGGUGACUGUUCUUGAUCAGGACUUGCGUGAGACAGUAUUGUCUGGGGUUGCUUUCCACCAUGCAGGGCUGACAACAGAAGACCGCCUGACAGUGGAAAAGGGCUACCUGGCAGGUGAUAUCAAUGUCAUCUGCUGCACGUCAACACUGGCGGUCGGUAUCAACUUGCCGUGCCAUAUGGUCAUAAUCAAGAAUACAAUCACAUAUCAUGCAUCCGGAUGCAAAGAAUCUAGCGAUCUGGAAAUCAUGCAAAUGCUCGGUCGUGCUGGUAGGCCGCAAUUUGACGUCAAUGCAGUCGCGGUCAUCAUGACACGUUUGACGCGAGUUUCGUUCUAUGAGAAGAUGAUUUCCGGACAGGAGUUACUCGAAAGCUGCCUCCAUUUGAACUUGAUCGACCACUUCAACGCAGAGAUUGGUCUCGGGACCAUCACUAGCGCCUCAUCCGCAAAGAAGUGGUUGACUGGUACAUUCCUCUACGUUCGGCUUCGCGAAAAUCCCGAACACUACAAGCUCGAGGGCGACGCACCUGGUCGCAGCCUCGAUGAGCGGCUGGAAACCAUCUGUAGCAGAGCUAUCUCUUUGCUUGAGCUGAACGACUUGGUUCGUGCGACUCCCAAACUGCAAUGCACUGAGUUUGGUGACGCCAUGGCUCGGUAUUAUUUGCAGUUUGAGACCAUGAAGACCCUGCUCGCUCUCCCGCCAAAUGCAAAGAUAUCGGAGAUACUCUCUGCCAUUGCGCAGGCUGCCGAGUUCAAGGACAUUCGCUUUCGGGCAGGAGAGAAGCCUGCAUAUAAGGAGCUCAACAAGAACAUGUCCAUCAAGUUUCCGCUGCCUGUUGGCAUUGAUCAGCCGGCUCACAAAGUCUCGCUUGUGAUACAGUCCGUUCUCGGGGCCCUCGAUUUCCCUACAGAGGACUUCAAAGCGCGGACUGAGUACACAGCUUGCAAACUGACUGUUUUUCAGCACGCCAAUCGUCUCGUUCGAUGCAUCAUCGACUGUCAGCUGUACCUAGAGGACUCCGUGGCAGUCCGCAAUGCACUGAUGCUGGCGAGAAGCUUUGGAGCCCAGGUAUGGGAUGAUUCACCCCUGACUUUGAAACAGCUGGAUACCAUUGGGCCUGUCUACGUCCGCAAGCUAGUUUCCGCAGGCAUCAAAUCAAUCGAAGCCGUGCUCAGCACAGAAGCCCACCGCAUAGAGGCUGCACUUUCUCGAAACCCACCAUUCGGCGCCAGUCUUCAAGAAAAAGCAAAGGCCUUUCCCAGGCUCCGCAUCUCCCUAAAGUCAAUGGGUGAGCCGUCGGUCAAGAAAGGCUUGGGUGUGUCCAUCAGAAUGAAGGCCGAGAUUGGCUUUCUCAACGAAAAGGUCCCGGAAAUGUUCAAUCGCAAGUCGGUCUUCGUCUGCGUGCUCAUUGAUACUUCCGACGGCCGCAAGGCUCACUUUGUCCGCAUUAGCGGGAAGAAGCUAGGCAGAGGCCAGGACAUGCUCUUCAGUGCCGACUUGACUUCACCGGGGCAGCUGGUAAGAGGCUUCAUCAUGUGCGAUGAGAUCGCGGGCACUCAACAGACCGCCACCAUCAAACCAGAAAUACCGACCUUCAUGUUUCCAACGCCCAAGAAAGCAGAGGAAGUCGGAAAGCAGCGUGAGGCGGCAAGUGGUGCCCCAAACACGUCAAAGCUUCGGGCUAUUGCGGCCACCAAGCGCAGACCACAGGCAGAAGACGAUGAUUUCGGCGAUGCUGGUCUUGAUGAUGAUGACCUUGUGCUUGCAGAAGCCGACGGAUUCGCAAACAUUGACGAUCUUGAUACCUCUAAUGAUGACAAGAAGUCCGCAAAGAAGACUACGGACAAGAAGAACAAGCCCGCCAAGAGCACAACAUCAGAGCCUAAGGAAUCCAAGGAGUCGUCCCAACUCGCCAAUGGCAAGUGGACAUGCCUACAUGCUUGCAGGACGAAGAAGACUGCUUGUAAGCAUGCGUGUUGUCGAGAUGGUCUGGAUAAGAAGCCCAAGCCUCCAAAGUCAAAGGAGUCAAAAAUAACCGAGCCCAGCUCCGAUCUCAAGCAAACGCGCCUGGACAUGUCUCAAAUCAGGAAGGCAAAGCCGGAAACGCAUACUGCUCCAGUUGUGCCACGCAAAGCCGCCGACUCCAAGGAGAUCCGCGAGCUCGAUCGUGUGGCCAACAAUGGAAAAGGCUCCACGUCCAAAGUGCCGCUACUCAAGAAGGAUGGCAAGCAGACUCGGCGUGUCGAAGAAGCUCCGUUGGAGGACUUUGGUCUACGGCCACUGAAGUCAGAUCCUAUCGACGACGAUGAUAUGCUUGAUAUCGCAGAUCAUGUUGACCACGAUGAUUCGAUCCAGGCGGACAGCGGCCAUGUGGAUCUGUCUUCAUUUGCUGACCAUCACGAAGAGAAUCACGACACGACUUGCUCUUACUUCGAUGAUGAUGUUCUUGACGAUCUACCUUUCGACACAAAUGUCCUUAAUGCCGAUGCUCUCGACAUCAGCGCGUUCAAUGCCGAUGCUCUCGAUGCCGAUGCUUUCGGCGAUGAUGCCCAGGCCUCCCUCGCAUUUUUGGAGGACGGGUCUUACCCCGAGAGCGCCUUUGCAGACAAGAUCAAGGACGGCCUCGACUCUCAGGGUCUCAACGACGACGACGGCGUCCCACCAGCAAAGAGACAAAAGACCACUCCCCAACCAUUAUCGACUCAGCUUUACGGAGAGGAAGUGCAAGGCGUCCAGAGCAAUUUCACUACUACCAAAUUGCAAGGCAAUGAAUUCUUCGAAGAGGUUCUCGCGGGUAACGCGCCUCAGGCGGACGAAGCCGAGGAGCAAGAGCAAGAGGGUAGCAAAUCAUGGUUCAUCCGGAAAUUUGRCGAAGAAGAUUUCAAUUUCGUGGACUGA